AAGCAGCACGCGUGUCAUAGGCAACUUUUCAAUUUCUCCCCUUUCUCACCCACGCACCUACAAAGUUUCCUGUAAACCUCCGCCCUCGAUAUGGAUCUCCACGAAAUUCAAGACGCCUUUUACCAGUGGUUCAGCGAAGCCAAUGUGCAAUUUCAGAAGAUUCCCGGUUCAGCAAUUCUCCUGAGAUACAUCAAGUCCAGUUACCAAGACGAUCCUGUGCGCUCCGCUGUUGAACUUUUCCUCUUCCUCUUCGCAGUGCGCUACCUACUUGCACCUAAAUACUCUACCCAGAAACAGAAGAUCGCGCUCACUGAGCAGGAGAUCGACGAACUUGUGGACGAUUGGACGCCAGAGCCAUUGGUUGCGCCUCAAACAGCCUUUGAAGAGAUAGAGAACGAGAAACGUCCUGUCAUUGUCGGGCCCACCGGCCCCAAAUCGAAACUCUCCAAUGGACGUACGGUCACGAACUUAGCCUCUUAUAACUUCUAUAACUUUGUUGGUAAUGAGACCCUAAAAGAGAAAGCUGUUCAGACACUUCGCACAUAUGGAGUAGGACCUUGCGGACCCCCAGGCUUCUACGGAACGCAAGAUGUUCAUAUGAAGACCGAGGCCGACGUCGCGUCUCAUUUGGGUGUAGAAUCAUGUAUAGUGUACGCACAGUCCUUCUCCACGAUAUCUGGAUGUAUUCCCGCUUUUUCGAAGCGGGGUGACAUUAUAGUUGCGGAUAGCGCUCUGAAUUACUCUGCUCGGAAGGGCGUUCAAAUUUCCCGCAGCACGGUAAAAUGGUUUGAGCACAACAACAUGAAGGACCUCGAACAGGUUUUGCAGAAGGUCACGAAAGAGCAGAUGAAGAAACCACUGACCAGACGCUUCAUUAUUACUGAGGGGCUUUUCGAAACUACUGGCGACGUUGUGGAUCUACCCAAACUAGUUGAGCUGAAGCUCAAGUACAAGUUCCGCAUUAUCCUGGACGAGACUUGGUCCUAUGGAGUGCUUGGUCGCACUGGUCGUGGAGUCACAGAGGCGCAAAAUGUUGACCCAACCCAGGUCGACAUGAUCAUCGGCAAUCUUUCCGGACCACUCUGCGCAGCAGGCGGGUUUUGCGCCGGCACGGAAGAAGUUGUCAGUCACCAACGCUUGUCGUCCGCCUCCUAUACGUUUUCCGCUGCAUUACCGGCUAUGCUUGCAACGACAGCAAGUGAGACCAUACGGCUAAUUCAGGAAUCUCCUGAGAUCCUAGCCCAGCUCAGAGAGAACAUCAAAGCCAUGAGAUCUCAGUUGGAUCCUCGGAGUGACUGGGUGCGGUGCACUAGUGCUACGGACAAUCCAAUUCUACUGCUGGUCCUUAAGCAGGACGCCCUCACCUCUCGUAAUUUCGGCCAAAAAGAGCAGGAAUGGAUCUUGCAGGAGGUUGUUGAUGAGUGUCUUGCAAACGGUGUUCUGAUUACUAGACUAAAGGCCAUGCCGCAGCCACUUGGAGCUGCUGUGUCUGCUCAAAGUCCUCAGCCGCAACCUGCACUCAAAAUAUGUGUUACGACUGGUCUUUCAAAGAAGGAGACAGAAAAGGCUGGCGUGGUCAUUCGCCAUGCCAUAACCAAGAUAAUGACAAAGAAGAGGUGAUGACAUGGACAAUCACAUGUAUCGCCUAGACUUAUUGUACUAUAUUCAUGCUGCAUUUCUUAUUUGCGGGCGUCGACUGAAUGGUAUGGAAGAGGUAAUUAGUGCUCCUUUGGAACGGUGCUGCUGUAUCUCCAUUGGUCUUAUACCUUAUCUAAUAUUUAUCGUUAAAGCGAAGUGAUAGUUUUACGACAACUCGUUUCGGGCAUUAUCGAUAGACAUGAUAAUGGGAUCUUGAAUGCCACGUUUAGAACCAAUGAGUCGUAGUGUAAUAAAAAUGUGCAUACUCUCAUAUCAGGCGAAUUGCAAGAG